GGGUCUGUCCCACAGCCGGCUGCCCUCCCUCCUACCUUACAGACCCUGAGUAUUAUGGUCUGGCGGCGGGGAGGAUGUGCCCUCUCCCCACAUCCUAGACCCCCGCCCUGGCUCACCUAUCCCUCCCGCCCCCGCUCCCCGCAGCCGGAGGGUCUGCCCCGCCGGCCCCGCCCCGCCCCGGUACACCGCAGCGUCGGGGAAGGAGGCGCCUUUCCCUCUCCGGCGAGGAAGCGCGGCCGAUAGACCUGAUUCCCUCCUCUCCUCCCACUGACCCUGACUCGGACAGCCGAGGGCGAGAAAGAGAGAGAGAGAGAGGGAGAACCAUUACCUCUUUGUAUUCAGCAGGGCUGCCGCAGAGGAGAGACAGGGAGGAGGGAGAGAGAGAGACGGGGAGAGGCAGACAGAGAGAGAGAGAGAUAGCGAUUGAAAGACUGUGAGAGACGGAGAGAAAAAAGAGAGAGAACGUGAGAGAGGGAGGGAGAGAAAGACAGAAAAGGAGAUAAAACGAGACAGAGAAAAAAGCGAGAGACUGAACGAGAGAGGGAGGGAGGGAAGGAGAGACCGCGGAAGACAGGGCGGGAGAGAGAGACCGCAUCCUCCGUACCCUGACUCCCCCCAGUCUGCACUGAACGGCGGAGCAUGCCGAAAGGAGACACCCCCGUCAACAGCACCAUGAGCAUUGCCCAGGCACGGAAACUGGUCGAGCAGCUGAAGAUCGAGGCCAGCAUGUACCGGAUAAAGGUCUCGAAAGCUGCGGCGGACCUGAUGGCCUACUGCAACGCCCACACCUGCGAGGACCCGCUGAUCACCCCCGUGCCGACCUCCGAGAACCCCUUCCGCGAGAAGAAGUUCUUCUGCGCGCUGUUGUGACACCGCCCGCCACUGCCUGAAGGAGUAGAUUCCUGUAUUCAUGUUACUCGCUGGUGUCACUGGUAAACGGACCAUCUUCACACCAAUAAAGUGGCCUCUUGCUUGUUCUAAAA